UAGCUGUCGCCAGCGCGUGCAUGGACCGAAAGGAGGCGUCUGUUUCUCCGGUAAAAUGUUGUCGUAGCUGCGGGUGGUGGAGCGUGACGGCUGACUGUUGUGUGUCCGCUCACACAACGACAGUUACACAACGUGAACGGCCAUUACACAACACACACACACGAAAGGAACGGAACGUCCAGGUUUUCAUCCUGUUAUGUUUACAUGAAGCUAAUUGGACUCUGGCUGAAUCAGUUCUGCAUCUGACGUCACAGUCCCCGGAUGGCUGCCCGGCUCCUCAAGCUCUCCUCUCUGGCCACGGCGGUGUUCGCCUCGUCUGGGUUUUACCUCUACAACAAGCAGCUGGACCUCAGUGACCUGAGCGUUGUCCGUUUUGGUCGAGCUGCAGCCACUACGGUGGUCAUCAGCUACGACUACCUCACAGCGUUCAGACAUGUGGAACGCGGCACGGAGGAAUAUUCUACACUCAAGUCCAAGGUGCACCGGCGAUCGGCGGAGCGUCUUCGGGACUUGUGCUGCGCCAACCGAGGGACUUUCAUCAAAGUGGGCCAGCACCUGGGGGCUCUGGACUACCUGCUGCCUGAGGAGUACACGUCCACCCUGAAGGUGCUCCACAGCAGAGCUCCUCAGAGCAGCAUGGAGGAAAUCCAGCAGGUCAUCAGGGAAGAUCUGGGGAGAGAGCUGUCAGAGUUGUUCGUUUCCUUCGAGGAGAAACCUCAGGGUGCCGCCUCUUUAGCUCAGGUCCAUAAGGCAGUGCUGCAUGAUGGGAGGACGGUGGCCCUGAAGAUCCAGCACCCCAAAGUCCAAACGCAAAGCUCCAAGGACAUCAUGGUGAUGGAGGUGUUGCUGAAGGCGGUCCAUUGGCUCUUCCCAGACUUCGCCUUCAUGUGGUUGGUGGAGGAGGCCAAGAAGAACAUGCCGCUGGAGCUGGACUUCCUCAAUGAGGGGCAUAAUGCUGAAAAGGUGGCCAGCAUGUUGGCACACUUCCCCUUUCUCAAGGUUCCCACAAUCCACUGGGAUCUGUCCACCAAGAGGAUCUUAACGAUGGAGUUUACUGAGGGGGGGCAGGUCAACGACAAAAACUACAUGAAGAAACACGGCAUCAAUGUGAACGAGAUCUCAGAGAAUCUGGGCAAACUCUACAGCGAGAUGAUCUUCGUCCACGGCUUUGUCCACUGCGACCCCCACCCAGGCAACGUGCUGGUCCGAAAAUGUCCCCAAAGCAAGAAGACGGAGAUCGUCCUCCUCGAUCACGGCCUGUAUCAGGCCUUGCAGCCCGAUUUCCGCCUGAACUACUGCCGGCUGUGGAUGUCGCUGAUCAAAGGCGACAUGUCCGGCGUGGAGCGCUACAGCCGCAGGCUGGGAGCCGGAGAUCUGUACCCGCUGUUCGCCUGCGUGCUGACGGCUCGGUCCUGGGACGCCGUGAACGCCGGCAUCAGCUCUGUACCCGUCACUCACGCGGAGGACGUUGAGAUCCGGACCAACGCGGCUCUCUACCUGCCUCAGAUCAGCGAUUUGUUGAACAGAGUUCCCCGACAGAUGCUGCUGCUGCUGAAGACCAACGAUCUGCUGAGAGGCAUCGAGACCACGCUGCAAACCAGAGCCGCUUCCUCGUCUUUCAUCAACAUGUCGCGCUGCUGCAUACGAGCCAUGGCCAGGCACAAGAGGAGCAGAGCUCAGUCCGGGAGGAGGCGUCUGCAGAUCGCGCUGACCGAGUCUCUGAGUUUGUGGAAGCUCUCCGUGUACGAACUCUUCCUGUGGGUCCGAGGCUCCGUGCUGGCGCGCUGGCUCGCCGCUCUGCUGCCGCCGUUUCUGCACUGAACCAUCAGCAAAUAUCACUCCAGCGUUAGACUUUCAGAGGAAACGAUCAAGAAUGUCAGCAUAUUUGACAUCCCAGUGAAAUACGAGCUGUUUGUUUAUUUAUAAUCGUCAUAUUUUUCCCUGAGAUAUGAGCCACGGGAACCACCGCCGGCUCGGUGAAACACCAGGAUGGAUGAAGCCAGAGUUAUCGCGCGGCGGCGGAGAGCAGGGAGGCAGCAGAUAACGGCGGAGCGUCCAUCCUCCAUCACAUACACCACCAAGGUGGAGACGCUGCUGAUAACCAGCUGCUGUCCGAUACCAAGGCAUUUAUCUGGAAGCUGCUGAUCUGCGUCCGGCUCCACGCUGGACCAGUGCGUCAUUCCCACUCCUCGCCACAAAGUUUCUGAGAGAACUCCUCUGCUGUUCCGGUUGAUUAUGUGCCACGGUUACUGGUGGGUCACCACCGUUUUUCCUCGAGCUCACCACACUGAAUGCUGCUUUCAUGCAUGGACCUGUUACCGUACUGAUCAGACAGGAAGUCUUGUGUCUGUUUUUGUCUUUUGGAGGCGUGUACAGUCUGAAGACGCCGUCUCCACACCAGUUUUACCUCAGGAGGCCUUGUUGAGUCUUUCAGUGAAGGUCAAAGUUUUAAUGACUCGUCCUUAAAGUUAGCUUUAGUGUGGUUGAUGAAAAUCCUCCAUCUGUGGUAAAAAAAUUGGGAAAAAUGGACAAAGUGAUGUAAACCUCUGGAUCUAUCAUUUCUUAAGUUCUUCUUACGAUUGUUGAGCAAACUCAACAAUCUCAAAGAUCCUGAGAUUUUCUGGAGGAUCAUAAAAUCAUGCUGAACAUUUUAAAAUUAAAAAGCAGAAGAGUGAAGGACCUUCUGCUGACUUACCCGCUGGACAACCAUCUUCUUCAUCACCAUGAAUUAAACAUCCUGUUGCUCACAUGUAUGCAAAUGUCUGAAAUGAAAGAAGCUCCUCCCACA